AUGACGGCUCCCGCCCGCAUGAAAUUUGGAAUAUUUAUGGCGCCGUUCCAUCGGGUCGGCGAAAACCCGACACUGGCUUUGGAGCGGGACCUUGAACUGCUGCAGUGGCUGGACCAGCUGGGUUUCGACGAAGCAUGGAUCGGCGAGCACCACAGCGCGGGCUGGGAGACCAUUGCCUCGCCUGAAGUGUUCAUGGCUACGGCUGCCGAGCGCACCCGCAACCUGCGCCUGGGCACGGGCGUGAUCAGCUUGCCUUAUCACCACCCCUACAUGGUGGCGAACCGUAUGGUGCUGCUGGAUCACCUGACCCGCGGGCGCGUGAUGCUGGGUGUUGGCCCCGGGGCGCUGGCGUCAGAUGCCUACAUGUUCGGCAUCGACCCGGCCCGACAACGGGAGAUGAUGGACGAAUCGCUGGGAGCGAUCAAACGGUUGAUGGACAGCCCAGAACCGUACACCUAUCAAAGCGACUGUCUCAGUGCCAUUGCCGAGGAAUCGGCGGCGGAGCACGGGCAAACGGUGAAACGCGAGGAGUGGCGUCUAUCGGUUGGCGUUCACCUGGCUGAGAGCAAGAAGGAAGCGCAGGAGGAUAUUCGCGAGGGAUCGGCGCGGGUGGUUACCGAAUAUUUCGGCGGUACGCUUGGCCACGAGGUCCCCGAUGUUCCCCGCGACCAGAUCGUCGAUUUUAUGACCGACAACAAGCAGUGGAUCGUGGGCACGCCCGACGACUGCAUCCAGCGAAUAAACGAGCUCCAGGAAAUGGCUGGCGGUUUUGGCGGGAUGCUGGUGCGAGCGGAGGACUGGGCGCCGCGAGAUAAGCUGCAUCGCUCUUACGAACUCAUGGCUCGCUACGUCAUGCCCCAGUUCCAGGGCACCCUCACCGGGAUCCAGACGUCCCAACAGUGGGCGUCGGGCCUCAAAGACGCGUUGCAGGUUAACCGCCGGGCCGGUUUGGAGCGCGCCACCCAAACUUACGAACAGUCCCGCCAGGGAAGUUAG